GGUCUGUACUACCACCAUGAAGGAGAAGUAGAAAUUACUAGUACAACGUGGAAACUGGUAACAUAUGUUCAGAAAAGAGGUAUUUUUAACUUUGUAGGAGAACUCAGUAAAAUAUUGUUCGGCACUUUGGACGAGGCGGUUGCUGCAUAUUAUAAGACGCAUAUCGAUCGGAUGGAAGCAAGAUCCGAGCAGUUAUUGAAGUUAUCAAAAGAGCAAGUGGCUGUAGUCAGAGCCACGCUGACUGGUCUAAACAGAACGGUAGAAUCAAUCAGUUCGAAUCUUUUAAAAGUUAUGGAUCUUGAUGUAUUUGUAACAAAGGAAGUAUUAGGUUAUGUUAUUAAUAUACCCCUAAUUGAAAAUAAUGAAUUUAAUCUAUACAAGAUGUUACCACUACCAGUGGAAGUAACGGCUGGCACAGGACAGUUUACUUACAUACAGCCGGAAAAGGAAUAUUUACUGUUAGAUCGCUCUAAAAAGUUAUAUGCUAAGGUAUCUUAUGAGCAUUUAGAAUGUAAAGAAAUAGAUAAGAAUAGAAAAAUAUGUAAACAGACGUUUGGCCUAAUAUCAAUGUAUGACCAAGAGGACUGUGAAGUGAAGUUACUACAAGAGUCACAGAUCCCAACUAAUUGUGUUAAGAAAAUGAUUUCCUUGGAACGCAGUUUAUGGACUCGUUUGAGUACCAAUGAAUGGUUAUAUAUAGUACCUAAAGAGGAGGGCAUGACGAUUUUAUGCAGUUCACAUCCGUCACAGGACGUAAAACUUCUUGGGAGAGGAAUAAUAAAAUUCAAAAAGAAUUGUAAAGGAUAUGGGACACACAUAUAUAUUCAAUCAGAUAAAGUGAUUCAAAGCAACUAUACUAGGAAAGAUAUUAUACCUGACGUAGAUAUUAAUUUAGAUUGU